AUGAGCAGAACAUUUGUGACGCUAGCAGAGGUGCUGGAGACUCGAGGAGGUCCCCUUCUGGAGGAUGAAGUGUGGUCCCUCCUCCUGGGCACCACAGAAUCCCUGGUUGAUGUCUCAUACAAAGGACAUAACAAUAUGUGUAGCAUCAUAAGCCCCUCCUCACUGCUGCUCUCGGGCACCGGCACACUGGCGUUUAAGAACUGUGCCCUAUCAGACGAGGCGUGCAACUUUACUGCGCCAGAGAUGCUGCAAGGCUGUGCUUCCUCAACCAAAGAUGUUAUGGAGAAGAUGCUGGUGUAUUCACUGGGUAUGACUCUCUACUGGUCUGUCAAUUAUCAUCUACCUCAGAAUCAGCCAGUCCAGUUGAGUAACCACCUGAACGGCCUGCUAGUGAGUAUGUGCGAGGACCUGGCCCACCGCAGGGUCAAUCUGAACAGUAUCCUGGAGUCCUGUGAGUCUCAGCACAAAGCCUCUCUCCUGUCUCCGCCCAACAGAGUAAUACGACAGCUGGUGGAGAAUGUCUUUCACGAAGCUGUGGACCAUGGGUCUGAGCCCUUUGUCCCACUGUGUGGGAGGAGUCAAAUGAUCAGAGAAAGGGUUAACGGUAAGCAUGAUCGGUAUCCUGACUACAGUGAGGGCUGUGCGGCUGGAGCAGGGAGCAGACAGUACUCUAACAACUCUGACACCAAGUCAGAGAGUUUACUUCACAAACCCUGGAGACAGAAACCCAGAAGUUCUCCCACCCAUGCAUACCCACCUAACAUAGACAGACUGCCACGAGAUCUCAGACACAUGGAAAGUAGCAGUAGCUGGCUGUGUCAGAGCCCCUACAUUGGUGCCCCCUCAAAGGGUGCACCCCAACCCCACAGCCCCUUCAUCACUUUCAGUGACUCCUCAGCCAGCCUCACAGAGAGGAAAGUCAAGGUUCUGGGUCCUGAGUUUAUCAGGAUGGCUGACGAACCCCAUGUAGGUCUGGAGCUUCCCGGAUCCAUAGUGUCUAAGAAGGGCAGGUCUUGUUCGUCCCAGAGAGAGGUUAGUGUGGUGUUGCCCAGUGGUCAGUCUGUAUUGGUCAGAUGUGACAAAAAGUCCAGAGGGAGAGACGUGUUCGACAUGGUGGUGGCUCACGCUAACCUGGUAGAGCACUUCUACUUCGGACUGGCCUUCAUCGAUGAUGAUGAAUAUUUUUUCCUGGACCACGAGAUUAAAAUCUCAAAAGUUGCUCCUGACAGUUGGAAAAAAGUAGUGUCGACUUCUUUUCUUGUUUUUCUACGGGUCAAGUUUUUCGUUGACGACAUCUCUUUCAUAUUUCACAGGCUGACGCGUCACCAAUACUACUUGCAGCUGCGGAAGGAUAUCCUAGAGGACAGGUUGUACUGCAAUGAGGAGACGUGCAUGUUACUGGCGGCUCUUGCUCUUCAGGCAGAGUUUGGGGACUACAUGUCUGAGUUGUAUGGUAGGAACUACUACCAGCCGGAGCAGUAUGUGUCUAAGAGAAUGCUGGAGAAGAUGGCUCUGCCCACUCUAAAGGAGGAGUUGUCACGGUUCCACGCUAACAAUGCCGAGAUGCUGCCCGAGGAGGCUGAGUCCGAGUUCCUAAAAAUCGCUCAGCAGCUUCCAGAGUAUGGGAUGGUGUUCCAUCGGGUAUGCCUGGAGAAGAAGCCGGUGGUGGGGGAACUGGUGCUGGGAGUCUGUGCCACUGGAAUCAUUGUCUAUGAGCUGAAGAACCACCUCCGUACCGUCACACAACGAUUCCUCUGGAGGGAGACCGAUACCAUCUCUGCCAAUCGUCGUAAGCUGACAAUAGAGUGUGGUGGUCCCAGCAGUAAGAAGCACAGUUUUGUGACAGAGAGUUCUAAGAUUGCUCAGUACCUCCUUAGUCUCUGCUCCGCGCAGCACAAGUUCCACAGUGAAAUGACCUCCAGGCAACUCAACUACAGCAUCGCUCAAGAUGAGAACAUUGAGAAGUACCAGUCUAUCUGUCGGACACGUGACUCCCAUAUGAAGCGUCUUUCAUGUUCCGAGGUCGUCCUGAACAGUGUAGAGAUACCGGCCAACCUCAGCCAACGCGAGUCGCUAAGUAAGUUGUGUGAUGACAUCACAGCGAAGGUGGAGGCAUGUCUACGGCAACAAAGUGAGAUGAGAGAAAUCAACAGAGAUCUACCCGAGCCAUGCCCACUGUCAGAGGUGAAGGAACAGGCCUUGAGUACUCCAGAGCCCAUCCCCAGAAUCAUCUCCAAUGCCUCGCUACAGAAACAGGACUCUGAGGGCUUCUCAGAGGCCCCCUCCACAACCUCCUCCAAACCAGACACAUCAACCAGGGGUUCUCCAGAGAGAGAGAUCAUCUGUCUGGUCCUACGGAAAGACCCUAAAUUGGGCUUUGGUUUUGUGAUAGUGGAAGAGGACAACACGGGGAACCUGGACCUGGGAAUCUUCAUAGCCUCCAUCAUACCUUACGGACCAGCGGACAGAGACGGCAAAAUCAGACCAGGUGGUCGUCUGAUCUCUCUGAAUAAGAUCAGUCUGCAGGGCGUGACAUUCACCAAUGCAGCAGCCAUCCUCCAGAGCAGCCCUGAUGAGGUGGAGCUCAUCGUCUCACAGCCCAAAUGUUCUCUGAGGGACAAUAAGAGCUCGCGGCCUCCCAGUACCCGGGAUUCUCUGAGGGACAGUAAGACUUCUCUGGCCCCCAGUACUCAGAGUCUGAUGUUGGAGAGGGGCUUUGGGUCCCAGACCACCCUGAAUGGGACAGAGGAAGCCCUGGCUCUGUCUAACAUGGCCACAUCUAAACAUGGCAAGAGACUCCACAACCCUGUGGUCCGGAUCCUAGACGCUCAGGUGUGUUCUAGCUCUACCUCCAUCUGCAGUCUGAGGGCUGGGAAGCAGCUGGUGGUGGAGCUGAAAAAGGCUAAUGGCAGCCUGGGCAUCAGUGUAGCUGGUGGAGUGAACACCUGUGUUCAUUACGGGGGGAUCUGCAUCGAGAGUCUGGUGCCAAGGGGUGCUGCUGAACAGGACGGACGCAUUCAGAUUGGUGACCGACUGCUGGAAGUUGAUGGGUCCAACUUGCGAGGUGUAACACAAAAACAGGCCGUGGAGUACCUGAAGAGGACUGGAGAGGGACACGUGGACACCUGCCUCUGUAACUGGAUCCUGAACUUCUUGACAGGCAGCUCCCAGGUGAGGGUCUUGUUCCUGCUCAGUGGGACUCUGUCUGAGGUCCACCUGACUCUCUGCAGACCUGUUCCUGGAGUACCGUCUCAACUGGACGCUGACACACUGGUUCCUUUCCCAUCUCCUGCCAGUGGGGUGAGGUCCAAGUCUCUAGACAUCAGGCUGGGAGAAGACUACAGCCAGCUGCUCAAGCUACAGUCACACCAAAUUCACCAGAACCAUCAGUACAACAAGGAGAACCAGGCCCAGAAGGGGCCUAUGAAGUCAUCAUAUGCCCAGGAACAAGCCUCCGGUCAAGAGAGUCAGGACAGUGAGAUGAAAGCAGCUGAGAAACAGCCAUCCUCACUCUCUCCCACCCCUCCCUCACCCCCCUCCCCGAUUUCCCUCGCCAGCAGAAGUGAUCCAGCAGACCAUGAAGAAUUGUCUGUUGUGUACGAGGAAGUUUCCAAAGAAAUUAGCUUGGCAUCUGGUGGGUCCAAAACCAGCGUUAGUCCCAUGUACACCAGUGGCAUCAGAGACAGGGCGGAUGGCGUUUUGACAUACUGCCUUAUGGGUGAUCGAAUAACCAUUCUGGCUGAUAAAGAGUACUUGACCGUCAGUUCAACUUUAGACAGUCCUUCUAGCCUCACCUCAAACACCUCAUGUACCCCCAGUGUGGUUUCACACACCACCUCUCAUACACCCAGGCCCAGAUCCACCACCCCUACUAGUGUCCGAUCCACCAGCCAAAAUUGUACUUCCAUCCCCCACAGCUUGUCCUCGCAGACCACAAGCUCAACAAACCCCAAUCUGUCCUCGAAAACCACCUCCGUCCAGCAGACACGAUCUCAGCCCUCUUCUAGGCCUCCAUCCAGCCUCUCUUCUAGGAUGUCUGACCUCAACAUCAGCCACUCUGUGCAUCAGCCCCAGCCUGCUACACCCCCUCUUCCCAGCCUCUCCUCCCAUACUGCAAACCCUAACUCCAGGACCUCCGAUCGCAAACACAGCUUUACCUCCAAUCGUAAACAUAUCAUCACCUCUGAUUGCAAACCCAGCAUCACCUUUAAGACUACCAAUGCCUCCAACCUCACUAGUACAGUCAUCCAAUACCAUCCCCAGCCCCCUGACACCUUGCCCCUCUCUCAAACCCCCACACACCACCCCUCUCCCCAGCCUCCCCCAUUCUCACUCUCUCCCCCCAUUCAGCCUGCACCCCUCCCAUGCACAUGUACUAGCUGGAGACAGGAGACAGAAGGGGAGGAGGAUGAAAAUGAUGAUGAGGAUCCCGGAAAGGGUAUGAUGAAGGAGUUUGAGAUGUGUGUUGUUCUGACCAAGUUGUGGCGCGGAAGUUUUGGGUUCACCAUCACACGCAGCAAACUGGAUGCCUGCUACUACAUCCAGGACAUACUGGACAACCCUGCUAAGACUGACGGACGGCUCAGACCAGGGGACAGACUAGUCACGGUCAACGGCCAGGAUGUGACAAACGUGACAGAUGAGGUUGCCAUGUCGAUCCUGAGGUCAUCUCCUUGGAGGCUGAGUAUGACUCUGGGGAGGGCAGUGACCAACCUGAUAGCUCCACCUUCUCCAGACAACAUGCAAGACAUCAUUCUACACAAGACACCUACUGGACAGCUUGGUAUAAAGCUGACAGGUGGUAUAGGCAGCAAGAGGCAGGGGAUCUACUGUCUGGAGGUGGUUCCUGGUUCACCUGCCUGUGAGGAAGGCAGCGUCCAACCAAACGACAGGAUCCUGUACAUCUGUGGCCGAUGCACCAUGGGAAUGACUUUGGAGGAUGCUGUCAAGGCCUGCGAGAACGCUCCACGCAAAGUGAAACUCAAGGCCACCAGAGAUGAUCAGCCUGUGACGCCCAAAGCCAAGAGGAAUGGUCUCAGUGACCUGAGAGAGUGGAAGAAGGAGAAGGAAUGGAAGUAUUUCACUCAUUUUGAGGAACCUGUCUCUCCUGAGCCAGAGACACCUACUGAGCAGGCAUCAUGCUCUAAAGCCGUGACCGAGACCACUGGGAAAUUCAGAUCACGUCUCUCUGUCACCUCAGAUCAAGAUAGCUGUAUCUUGCAGAUAGAUGUCUGUAAGCCAGAGGGAGGGUGGCUGGGCUUUGCUCUGAUUGGAGGAUGCAAUGGGAGUGUGCUCAGAGUGAAGAAGAUCUGCACUGGAGGCGUGGCCCACCAAGACGGGCGGCUCAGAGUGGGAGACAUACUGCUCGAGGUGAAUGGGAUAAUAGUAUCAGGUCUGAGCCAUAGUAAGGUGGUGGAUAUCCUCCGUAAGGUAAAGGGAAACGUCCAGCUCAACAUCUGUAGAGACAUCAUACGACGGGCCAAUACAGCACCCUGCACUGAUGGUUUCUUCUAUAUGGCCUCUUGCCCUAGAGACAACAUGGCCGCCUGCCCUGGGUCAAAUACGGCCUCCUGUCCUGGAUCAGGAUCCUAUAUGGCCUCUUGUCUUGGAUCAAAUAUGGCCCCUUGUACUGGAUCAAAUAUGGCCUCCUGUCCUGGAUCAAAUAUUUCCCCUUGUCCUGGGUCAAAUAUGAUGACCUGCCAAGGAGUCAACAUGGGGGAUAAAGCAGAGCUUGUCUCUAAACCUGCUGCCUGCUCCUUACCUGAUGUCCAGCAGGAGGACCUUCCCCCUGAGUUGACUGCAGAUCCAGUACCUUAUGUAGAGGAGGAUGCCCCCCUUUCCCCCCCCCACCUCUCUCCUCCCCAUCAUCCCGCACACCGUCUGCAGGCCCUGACAGAAGGCAUGGCUGGACAGGAGAGCUGUACCAGUAUACCCUCUCAUCCGGCGUGUUGCCUGUCUAGCAAGAGUGUGGCUAACUUGCUGCAUGAAGCCUCUGACAGGAACCAAAUCUCUGUGACGACAUUGGGCAAACCCAUCACGGGCAGCAAGAACAACCAAUCAGAUGGCUGGAGCAGCGUGGAUGAGGAUGAUGGGGCAUUUGAAGCUAAUGGUGAGGAGACGAUGUCACCUUCCUCAGGCCCACCUAUAGUUUCAGAAGAAGAGUUGGCCAGCCUAGCCAUGAUCAGUCCAUCUAAAACCAGUCAAUACUCUGGGCCCAGAGUGAAAGCCCUGAUACAGAUACUACAACAUCAACUAGACCAGCAAGAACUGGUCCGAGAGUUCAUGGCCUUGGAGCAUCUACAGCCAUUUGAUAACUGUCUGGUGGGGAAAGCUCCUGAGAACCGGGAGAAGAACCUCUACCGGGACAUCCUGCCCUAUGAUAAGGCGCGUGUUCUAGUGGGUGAUAACCAGGACUAUAUUAACGGCAGUUAUAUCCGUAUGGAGGUUGGCAGUGAGGAGUUAUUCUAUAUCUCCUGCCACGGUCCUCUGCCCUCCACCGUGCCUGACUUCUGGCAGAUGGUCUGGGAGAACAGGUCUGAUGUGAUAGCCAUGAUGACCCAGGAUGUGGAGAGAGGCAGGGUGAAGUGUCACCGCUACUGGCCAAAGAAGGUUAGCUGUCCCCUGGACAUGGGACGCUUCCAUCUCAGCUUGGAGAACCAGCAGAUCCAGGAAUACUUCCACAUCAAGAUCAUCCGCAUGGUGGAGAAAGAGUCUGGUAAGACCCACUUUGUCCGUCACCUGAAGUUUACCCGUUGGCCUGAUCACGGUGUGCCGCAGUGUUCAGAGCAGCUGGUCAGGUUUAUCCGUUACCUCCGAGCGGUCCACCAUAAAGGACCUGUCACUGUACACUGUAGUGCUGGAAUAGGACAAACAGGAGUACUGAUCUGCACCGAUGUCAUACUGAGUCUCAUAGAAUACGAUCUCCCGAUCAAGGUCAGUAGAAUUGUUAGGGAGAUGAGACUGCAGCAAUAUGGCAUGAUUCAGACCAAGGAACAGUACCUGUUCUGCUACAAGGUAUGGUUGGAGGUUCUACAGGGCAUCCUGCAGCUGCAUGGUAACCGAUGGCAUCCUUGAGAGCCCCCGCAAAUUGCAACCCGAGAGCCCCCCGCAAACUUAUGGGCCCUCACAAACACAGUAACCGAUGGCAACCCGACAGCCCCCAUGAAGACAACCAAUUUGUUUAACCAAUUACUUCCCACCUUCCCAAAGAAGAUACCUUAUCAAUGAAGAUGUGUAAUAUUUGAAUAGUUGACUGUGUAAGUUAUACAUUUGUUAGCAGUUGAUUUUGUUAUGAGCACUGUAAGUAUGUGUUUUAGCCAACUACUUUAUUUGUUGUCAUGCCUAACAUGACUAUUAACAGUUGGCUAUAGCACAUAUAGAUGGAAGACCAGGCUAUGUUUCUGCAGUGUUUUGAUAUUUGGGUUAUGCAUUUAUUGAUGGAGGUAGACAUUCUUACUGUUGGUUCUUUCUGUGUUCUCAAACUGAUUAUAGUAUUUAAAAAAUUGUGAAAUAAAGUGCAUGUUAAUCAUU